AUGGCCGAGCUAGAAAAGGGCGAUGAAGCCCAACCGGCCCUUCAACACAGACUAUGCACGCCGUUGCUACUGAAGAAAGUGCCGCCGGUGCCUCGAGAUGAAGACAGACCGGUGCAUCCAAAGGCCACCAACCCGUUCUCGUGGUUCUUUUUCACCUGGUUGAAGCCGGUAUUGCUCAGGGGCUACAAGCGGACUUUGCUUCCGGAAGACAUGUUCAAGUUGCACGACGAGAUGACUGUAGAGCAUCUCGCUGGAAAGUUCCAGGCCAUCUUCGACCGCAGGUUGGCCGCAGACAAGAAGAAGUACUUGAAGAGAAGGAGACAGUUGGCAUUGAAGAAAGGAGACAGCGAUGUUAGUGCACGUACUGAUGAAGAUCUCAUGCUAGAGUACGAGCCGCUGAAGUCGUUGUGUUUCUUAUCGUUGUAUGAGACAUUCUUGUGGCAGUACUCAAUGGCAUUGCUCUUUGGCAUGCUUGGCCUUGUGGGCCAAGCGUGCAACCCUCUUUUGUCUCGAAAAUUGAUCAAUUUUGUCGAAUUGGAGGCUUUGGGAAUCCCAACGAAGAUCGGCACAGGCAUUGGCUACGCCUUUGGCGUUGCGAUCUUGAUGUUUGUCUCUGACGUCCUUCACAACCAAGGUGUUUAUUUUGCCAUGCUCACGGGUGCUCAGAUCAGAGCAAUAUUCACAAAAGCGCUUCUUGACAAAUCAUUCAAGCUUAACACCCGCUCGCGAAAGAAGUUUCCUCCUUCGAAAAUCACUUCCAUCAUGAGUACCGAUGUGUCUCGUGUGGAUUUAGGCACAGGCUUCUCCAUUUACGGCUUCGUCCUUAUAUUUCCCGUGGGUGUGUCAAUAGGGAUCUUAAUUUACAACAUCAAGGCUCCCGCUAUGGUAGGUGUCGGUCUUAUGUUAGCCUUCGUUUUCGUUUCUGGAGGGUUGAGUACUUUGCUUUUCAGCUUCAGGAAGACAGCCCAGAAGGCAACGGAUUCCAGAGUUGGGUACAUGAAAGAAGUGUUGAACAACUUGAAGAUGAUCAAGUUCUACUCGUGGGAGAAGCCAUAUCAUGCUCUCAUUACAAAGAUAAGGCGCAGGGAAAUGGCAUAUCUUCUUCGUAUGGAGAUCACUAGGAUGAUUAUCAUCACUUUGGCAGCAUCUUUAGCUUUGGUUAGUUCCUUGGUCUCCUUCCUCACGUUAUAUGCUAUUGCGUCGCCAAGCUCUAGAAAUCCCGCUGAAAUCUUCUCCUCGGUGUCUCUAUUCAACUUGUUGGCGAGUCAGUUCCUCGUGCUCCCCCUUUCGAUUGCGGGCAGCACUGAUGCUUUUCUUGGUAUGAAUAGAGUGGCCGCUGUGUUGGCCGCUGACGAGAUAGACCCGGAAGACGCAGAUACUAUAUUAUCGGAACGGACCCAGGCUCUUCUCGAAGAAAAGAAAUUGGCUAUUACUGUUCAAGAUGGCGAAUUUGAAUGGGAGCUAUUCGACUUUGAUGACGAAAAGUCAGAGGAGAAAGAAGAACACAAGGAUGAACUGAAGAAGAAGAAGAAAAAAGAGCUGAAGAAAAAGGUGAAGAAAUCCGCAAAAGACGUCAGUGAUACUUCAAGUGCUUCAUCCAAUGAAAAGGAGCGCAAGUCUUUCAAGCUUCACAAUGUUAAUUUGGAUAUCAGGCAAGGUGCCUUUGUUGUAAUCACAGGCUCUAUUGGCUCCGGGAAGUCUUCCUUGCUUCAUGCAUUGGAUGGUGCAAUGAAGAAACUAUCAGGAGAUGUAUACGUUAAUGGAUCCCUUCUCAUGUGUGGAACACCUUGGAUUCAAAGCGCAUCAUUGCGGGAAAACAUUCUUUUCGGUUCAACUUACGAUGAAAAAUGGUACAAAGAAGUCAUCCGUGCAUGUUCUUUGGAAAGUGACUUCGAUAUACUACCCGCAGGUGAUCUUACCGAAAUUGGUGAGCGUGGUAUCACAUUAUCCGGAGGGCAGAAGGCUCGUGUGUGUUUGGCAAGGACGGUGUAUGCAAACAGCUCCAUUAUACUUCUCGAUGAUGUUUUGAGUGCUGUGGAUGCCAAAGUGGGCAAGCAUAUAAUGAGCGAAUGUAUCAUGGGAAUACUCAAAGGAAAAACCAGAGUUCUAGCCACGCACCAGCUUUCGCUCAUUAGCGAGGCAGAGCAUGUUAUUUUUUUGAAUGGAGAUGGAACUAUUUCUCGUGGAACCUUUGAAGAGCUCAAGCUGACCAACAGCGCUUUCAAAGCACUUAUGGAGCACAACCGCAAAAGCGAGGAAAAUGAUGAAGAUGAGCUGGAACCGGCAAGUGAAGUUGAAGCGAGCGAAAAGGAGCUCAUAAAAAGACAGCUCACCAAACAGACCACAACCCAAGUUAGCAGUGAUUCGGUCGAGAAAGUGGAAUUGGACGGCAAAUUGUAUGAUGAAGAAGAAAAAUCUGUUAAUGCAAUUGGUUGGGAUGUUUACGGCAGAUAUAUCUUGACGGGCGUUCAAGGGUUCAAAUUCAAUUGGCUUCUUUUCGUCAUCUUAUGCCUCUGCAUCUUAGGAACGUUCAUGUCUCUUUUCACAAAUAAUUGGUUGUCCUUCUGGAUAUCAAGAAAGUUCGAUCAACCCGCCGGAUUUUAUAUCGGCUUUUACGCUGCUUUUACCGGUCUUGCGGUCAUUUUAAUGGUAUUUCAGUUCUGCAGUAUCAUUUUCGUCAUGAACAGGGCUUCGAGAAUUUUAAACAUCAAAGCUUUGGGAAAGAUACUACAUGUGCCAAUGUCUUUUAUGGACACUACUCCUAUGGGAAGAAUCCUCAACCGGUUCACAAAAGACACCGAUACCUUAGAUAAUGAAAUAGGUGACAGAGUUGGCAUGGUUGUCAAUUUUACUUUCGAAAUUUGGGGUGUGAUCAUCAUGUGCAUCAUUUAUAUGCCCUGGUUCGCAAUUGCUGUUCCAUUCAUAGUCGCCGUGUUCAUCAUCAUGGCGAACUUUUACCAAGCCUCUGGGCGAGAAGUCAAGCGUUUGGAGGCCGUGCAGAGAUCUCAUGUCUACAACAAUUUCAACGAGUCAUUGACAGGUAUGCCCACAAUUAAGGCAUUUAAGCUGAUUCAAAGAUUCUUAAACAAAAAUGUUGCCACAAUUAAUAAGAUGGAUGAGGCAUAUUUCGUCACAGUGGCCAACCAAAGAUGGCUUGACACCUAUUUAUCUCUUUUGGCGACACUUUUUGCCCUACUUAUCGCAUUGCUCUGUGUUUGUCGUGUUUUCGAUAUUGGAGCAUCGGCAGUCGGUUUGUUGGUAUCCUACGUUCUUCAAAUCUCUGGUUUAAUCUCAAUGCUUGUCGUUGUUUUUACACAAGUUGAGCAAGACAUGAACUCUGCUGAGCGUGUGAUGGAUUACGUCUACAAGAUUCCACAGGAACGGCCUUACGAGAUAUCGGAGACGAGACCACCUCCUGAGUGGCCUCAGAACGGAGAAAUACGAUUUAUCAAUGUCGACUUUGCUUACAGAGAGGGCUUACCUCUAACAUUGAGAAAUAUCAAUGCUGACAUCAAACCCCAUGAAAAAAUCGGAAUAUGUGGUCGUACUGGUGCGGGUAAAUCUUCCAUAAUGGUUGCCCUUUUCAGAAUAGCCGAGUUGACGUCUGGUAGCAUCAUGAUCGAUGGAAUUGAUGUUAGCACGCUUGGACUUCACGAAUUGAGGUCAAACCUCUCCAUCAUUCCUCAGGAUCCAGUAUUAUUCAAGGGUACCAUUCGCUCAAACUUAGAUCCUUUCGAAACGAAGACUGACGAUGAACUUUGGGACACUUUACGAAGGGCGGAUAUCAUUGACGCCGCGUCUCUAGAACAUGUCAAGACGCAAAGGGUUGGAGACGAUGAUUUCCACAAAUUUCACCUCGACAAUGAGGUUGACGACGAAGGGGAGAACUUUUCGCUUGGAGAGAAGCAAUUAGUUGCCUUUGCUAGGGCUUUGGUAAGAGAUACAAAGAUCAUCGUUCUUGAUGAGGCAACGUCAAGUGUUGAUUACGCUACAGACAGUAAGUUGCAGAAAGCUAUUGUACGUGAAUUCAGUGACCGUACUAUCCUUUGCAUAGCUCAUCGUCUCAAGACAAUUUUGCAUUAUGACCGUGUCAUUGUCAUGGAACAAGGUGAGAUAAAGGAGUUUGAUACCCCAUCACACCUCUACAACUCCACUGGCACCAUCUUCAGACAGAUGUGUGACAAAUCAGGCAUCAGCAAAGAAGACUUCUACGAGUGGUAG